AUGCAGCAGAGGGGAAGAACUGAAAACCGCAGAUCCAGGACCUUCUCGCGGUCUCGGGUUGCCAUUGAAGACUCUUAG